AUGGCUGUGUCUAAUAUGUCUCGUCGGCAAAGAGCCGAGUUAACUUUUUCCAAGAUUUGGUUCCAUUUAGUAUUUUGGGCUGUACAUUUUGGUAUCUUUGUCGUGGGAUGUUGGGCACAAGCUACAAAUAAGAGGCUAGCGGGCUUGAAUGUGCUUACGUACUCCGUAUAUAUCUCUCGUGGUGCUGGUCUCGUACUUUCCAUCGACGCUACCUUGAUUCUUCUGCCUAUGUGCCGAAAUGUGCUUCGAUGGAUCCGACCUCAGAUUCGUUGGUUACCUCUGGACGAGUCUGCGUGGUUUCACCGUCAAAUAGCCUACGCCAUGUUAAUCUUUACCUGCGCUCACGUGGCAGCACAUUACGUCAAUUUCUACAAUAUCGAGAAAGAUAACAUCCGUCCUGUACUUGCAGUGGAACUCCACUACAAGACUGCGGCCGGUAUCACAGGCCAUGUCAUGUUGUUAUGCAUGUUGCUAAUCUACACCACGGCGCAUGCUCGUAUUCGACAACAGGCAUUCGAAACGUUUUGGUAUACCCACCACCUCUUCAUUCCAUUCAUGCUCGCUCUAUACACCCACGCCACUGGAUGCUUUGUUCGAGACAGCCCCGAGAGAUAUUCACCAUUUGAUGGUGAAAAUUUUUGGAACCACUGCAUAGGCUAUGAGGGAUGGAGAUGGGAACUCGUGGCGGGCACCAUGUACCUACUUGAACGGCUGUACCGCGAGGUUCGAUCUCGAAAAGAGACUGUGAUCACCAAGGUCAUUCGUCAUCCUUAUGCCGCCAUGGAAAUCCAGUUUCAAAAGCCAAGCAUGAAGUAUAAAGCAGGACAAUGGCUUUUCCUUCAAGUUCCGGAUGUCUCAACCACCCAAUGGCACCCUUUCACCAUUACAUCCUGCCCAUUUGACCCAUACAUUAGCGUCCACGUCCGCCAAGUCGGUGAUUUCACCCGCGCUCUCGGAGAUGCUCUCGGUUGCGGUCCCGCACAGGCGAAAGACCUCGAAGGUCUAGAUCCAAACGGAAUGUACGAAGUCGCCCUUCAGAACGGGCAAACCAUGCCGAAAAUGCGCAUCGACGGACCAUACGGAGCACCAGCCGAAGAUGUCUUCGAAAAUGAAAUCGCCGUCCUAAUCGGAACAGGUAUCGGCGUCACACCCUGGGCCUCAAUCCUGAAGAAUAUCUGGCAUCUUCGCUCAAGCCCCAACCCACCCCGCCGUCUACGUCGUGUAGAAUUCAUCUGGAUUUGCAAAGAUACCUCCUCCUUUGAGUGGUUCCAGGCUCUUCUCUCGUCCCUUGAAGCGCAAUCAGCGAGCGCCGCAGCUUUCGAGGGUAGUACAGAGUUCUUGCGGAUUCAUACAUAUCUCACUCAAAGACUUGAUGAUGAUACUGCCGCGAAUAUCUAUUUGAAUUCUGUGGGCCAGGCGCUUGAUCCGCUGACUGAGUUGCGGAGUCGAACGAACUUCGGUCGUCCGGAUUUUAAGCGCUUGUUCAAAGCUAUGCGGGUUGGAUUGUUGGACCAAACUUAUAUGCGGGGCUUGCAGAAUGCUCAUGCCACUGAGAUUGGUGUUUACUUUUGUGGACCAAAUACUGCGGCUUUGCAGAUUGAUGAUGCGGCGAGGUUUGCGUCGACAAAGGAUAUUCGGUUUAAGUUCUGGAAGGAGAACUUUUAA